GAGGCGAAGCGUUCUUCGCGCGAGGGUUCAAAUUCGUGGAACGUACGCGUCGCGUAGCACCAUGACUUCUAAGAGCACGCAAGGUCUGAGCCCCUUGCAAAGGCCUCGCUCAGCAAUGCCCACAAAACCUCUCGCCGGUGAACGUCGCAAAGGCGACCGAGCUGCCCGGACUUCAAGCUUGAAUACUUCGAAUCGCAAGCCCAAGGAAACAAGGCUGAUGAUACCAUCAAGGACCACUGGAACCAUUUCACAGCCGGAGAAGCUAAGACUCAAUCUCCAACGCCGGACACCUUCCGAUACUCUUCCUUUGUCACGUGAGUCGUCUAUUCAAGCCCUAAAGACCGCGAACGCAAGGAGAAUUGCAGGGCCUGAUUUGUUUUCCGAAGAAAUUCUGCAAGAGGAGACUGUCACUCGAACGGCUUUUAUGCAAAGUAGCUCUGUAUGGCAGACUCAUAGUGCUGUUUCCACCGUUCGCACUGAUAUUGGUGACACUCAAGACGAGAUCAGUCGGGCUAACCUCUACGGUCACGGCUGCUUCCAGCGCAUGGUCCUGUUCUGCAGCGUCUUGUCCUCGGUCGUCUUGCACUGCCACAGUCGCGCUUUCACCUUGAUUGCUCGAGGAGUUGAGCACUGGUGCAAGCGGCCGGAAGGCUUUCAACACCUCAGCACCGCUGAUUGGAAGAAUGUCGGCAUCCCUAUUGAACACGACGGGAGCUACAGCCGUUGCAAGGUUUACGACCGUCCGCUGGACUACGCGAACCGAACCGAAGUGCCGUGCACAGCCUGGGAAUACGAGACCACGCAAAGAACCAUAAUCAGCACCUGGGAUCUGGUGUGCAACAGGGAGUGGCUGUUAACGUACGCGUCUGUGGUCUACAUGAUCGGUGCUGUCAUAGCUGUGCCAACGAUGGGUCUGGCAGCGGAUCAAAUAGGCCGUCGCCCUGUCACCUGCAUGGCCGUUAGCAUCCUCCUGCUCAUCGGCCCGGGUACCUGUUUCGCCACGAACUUUCAUUUCUUUGUAUGCGUCAGGUGUGGAGUGUCUGGAUGUGUCAGCACCAUAUUUGUAAUCAUCCUCAUACUCCUUUUCGAGGUGACGUCCCACAACCAGCGCGUUUUGUACGUGGUCAUCGCCGCGACAUUCGGACAUGUGAUCACUAGCAUCCUGCUCAACGUCCUUGGUCAUUUACACAUGCGGUGGAGAGCGUUGCAAUUUACCAUCAUGGUUAUUUCCAUCUUACUUGUCUGCACCUUUUAUUGCAUCGAGGAAUCGCCACGUUGGCUUCUGACGACGUGGAAGUUUAAACGUGGAGAGGAAGCAGUUCUGUGGGCUGCCAAGAUGAACGGUGAACAUCUCGAAACCGUCCGUUACAACUACUGGAAACUGAAGCAAAAACUUAUGAAUAAAGAGGACUUCGAAGCAGCGAAGAUGUCCCCGACACUCCUGUUCUCUAACCCCAUCCUACGAAGACGAUGUGGCUUCCUCUACGCGUGCUGGUUCGCCGUGAUGUUCGCGUUUUACGGGCUUAUAGUUUCGGACAUUGGAGAACCAGAGCAGUGGGCAAUAUUUGUGACCAUGUUCAGUCCUGCGCCUUUAAAUACGAUAGCGUAUUUCGCCAUCAACACAGUUGGCCGCAAGAUCGUAUACAUCGUGUGUCUCGGCCUCCUGGGGUGUUCGAGUGCAGCGUUGAUGACAUCCUACACCAGCCCGUUCAUCAGCAACGUAUUUUUUGUCGUUGCAAAAGGAGCUGUGGACGUGGCACUCGUAGUCAACUUCAUCUACACGUCGGAGCUUUUCCCGACAGUGCUCAGAAGCAUUGGCGUCUGCUGCGCUUACCUUUGUGGUAGAGUCGGUGCAGCCACGGCGUCGGCUGUGAUGUCAAGAAGCAGCAUCGCUCCCGAGAACUAUUCCAUGGGUGUCGUGGCGCUGUUGGUUGUCGUCAGCGAGUUGGCGCUCUUGGGGCUGCCGGAAACCCUUUCGCGGCCCCUAGCGAACACGGUGAAAAAACUUGAGGCCGGUGGUUUCAGGAAGCACUUGCAAGAUACCCUUCCCAUGGACAUUGGCAGGACGACGGUUAAGACAACGAAGAGCCAAAGACAGCCACCGGCGCCCGUGGCAGAUCCAGUGGGUUCUAAGUGCAGAACAGCAUCUGCUGUGUCAAUGUCCAAAGGCGCGUCCGAGACGUCCCUCAUGAGUCUUAAGGGACGGAAGUGGAGGAGUGCCUCAGGGUUCACUGUUGGAUUCGAGAGGAAUGUCGUUUUCCGCGGAAUCUUACUUCAAAAGCCGAAGGAUAUAUUUAUCUACGCAGUCGCUGAGGUCGACGCAAGGGAGUAUGGUAAAAUAAAUAAGGCACGUUUACCGAAUUUAAUGAAUACUUCGAAUUGA